AUGCAUGACUUGGAGGCGGCUGCGGCCAUUUGCAACCUGGGAGGUCCUGUUCUUGAUGCAGGGCACCUUCACCCGGAAAAUCGGCUCUUAGCAGCCCGCGCAGCCCAACAAGCAGCUCAGAGCACACCUACUGCAGGAUAUCUUCUGCAGCAGCCGUGGUUGUCCUUUCUGAUCACGCUUGUCUGCGACAAGGAAAAUUGGCGGGACGGUGUUGGAGUCCUCGCAGCUGGAGCAUUGGCAGCGGCUGUACGACAUGUUUCAGCUGUUGAUCUGCACGAUUCCGCGCGUGGGUUGGCUCGAUUACGACUUCAAUUGUGUCGUCAGGAGACUUGCAAGUUCGUGGCGCAGAGGUUCGUCGAAUCGGUUGCCAUCUCCGAGGACCACCGCAUUAUGGCCAUGCUCAUCGAGUUCAUGGUGGACGAUGUCAACGUAUGUAAAUGGUUACUGGAGGGCGGUAUUCUGCCUGCACUCAUUCAAGCGCUCGAUGUUGAAGCUAGCAUGGAUGCAACUUGUGGGUCUGCUGUCAUCAAGCAGAACAAGAAAAGCACGAUCGGCUGCAUCGUGCAAUCGUUGUCCAGAUCAGCUUUUUUCUUGGAGACCAUGUGCGCAACAGACAUGCUCGACGUGUUCGUGGGCAUGGCGCAGCAAGAGGUAAAUUCAGUUGCACCUAGUAGUGGCCCGCGGCAGUUGCCAGCCUUCGAUUGCUUGUGCAACAUGUGCCAUGUGAUCCCUGAUUCCAGCAUCCGCUUUCGGCAAGAUUUGGGGGCGAGCGGGAUGGUGGAUGUACUUUGUGGAGCAAUGCAGCUACAAGAAUACAGCCGUCGAGUUCAAGCAGCGGAAUCAUUGUGCAGUUUCUUUGCAAAUCACAACGUGGACGAUGCAAGCCAUUUACUGACAGCAGGAAUUUUCCGUGUCGUUGCCUGCCCUCGUACGAUUCAGGCACUGGUCGAUCUGGCAUUUCCGAGGAAUAUGAAAAAGCCAGUCGACAAGACUUGUGAAUGCUUUCGACAUAAGUUGCCCUGGCUGUUGAGUGUCGUUGCUCGGGCAGCUCCCGGCGACCUGAAGUUAUGGUGCGAUGAGAAUGUUGGAGUGCGUAGGUUGUUGAGUUGCUCGAUAUCUGGAUUUAGCCGGGAGGGGGCUGUGUGGGCGCUAGAUAUCCUCAUUGCCAUGUGUGGGUGUGUGUCCAAGUCGGUGCUGAAUGAGUUUCUCAGCCGGACGCCCUGUGCACUUGCGUGGCAAGUAUCACAAUUGGCGCGGCAUGAGUGGCAUUCCAUAGCGCACAGAGUAUUGUUUGUGGGCAUCUUUUGCACCACGUUUUUGCCAGCAGCGGCACCGACGAUGGCGGCAUGGAUGUCAAACCGCAUGCCUCCGCCGCUGUCAUCGCUGCCUUGGCAUAACAGUCAAUCUCAUUCAGUAGCAGGUCCUCUGUCUGCAGAAAGACAACUCGCAGAACUUGCCUUCGAUAUAGUUUUGGAGAUCAGCUUACGUGGGGGUGGCACGUCGGACCCAUCGCAUGCUUUGGCCGACGACGUGCGCAUCGUGCGCAUGCAUCUAUUCAACGUGUGUCUGGCAGCUGCAGGGUUGGAUGCCGCGCUAGCCCUGCUCGGCAGUGUUUACGAUGCCAAGCUUUUUGCACCGCACCGGGAUAAAGUCGCCGCCAUUGCUAACCUUCUUUGCGAUUCGCUUCAGGCUGUAUGCGGAAAGCUUGAGACAGCUUCUGCACAAGAUGUUCUAGCUGCUCAGGCAUUUGGCACAGUUGAUUUGCUGGCAAGCAUUUUGACAGGGCCAUUAAGGAGCCUAAUAGGCUCUCACCACAGCCGCCCAGUCGCAGGCGACGCAAGUUCGACAUGCGACUUGCCUUCCGUGCUCGGCACGACAGGCUGCACAGCAGUGGUUCUUCUUGAAGAAUUUGUUUUUCGGUGGCCUCACUGUUUGCAGCCGCUCCCUGACAACCGUGUCUAUGGCGGUCGUCGUGAUGCACGCGGAAUGCAGGCUUUGGUGGUCGUGCACGAGUUCUUAUUGAAUUCGAAAGACCUUGGUCGCUUCCUCGUCCGAUUAUUUUUGCGAGCAUUUUUGCAAGUGGAGGGUUGUGCACAGGUCGCAUCACCGAAACGAGUCUCGUCCGGCAUCUCGGUGGCAACGAUGAUCGCAAUAGAUGCCGAAGUCAGUCCUUGUACGUGUCACGUGCCGAAGGCCGCACUUACCGAUUCAAGCGUUUUGUUUGAUGAUGAAGUGAAAAACUGGGUGGCAGCAUUGCUCGACAUGGAACUCUGUUUUCCGGCCUUUUGUGCUUUCUUGGCAUCUUGCAGCUGGUCCGUGGCCAACACGACACUGGAAUGCAUGGUUGUGAACUCAUCCAGGCUGGCACAGACAGGAACAGACCUGUCAGUCUGUCGUCCAAGACCCGUCUGCCAGGUUGCCUCACUGCUGCACCUGGCUUCUGCACGCUUUGGGCGACUUUCCGAUUCCUCCGCUUUGCCCGAGUUGCACUUUCAUGACCUGGUGGUGCAGCUUUUGCUUGCACAGUCGCCCGGGAAACUGUCGAUGCAAGGGAGCCAAAGCGAUUCCAGCAUGUUGGCAGAGGUGUUUUCUUACCUUUGGGGCAUUGGGCAAGUUUCCUUCUGGUACACUGUGCCGUUGGCGAUGGAUUUGCGAAGGGAAGUGGCUCGAGCAUUGUUCGUGCUGCUGGACAACAGAGACACUGUUCAGGCAAUAGCCUUGUCAGAAGACAAUGCUUCCUGUCUUGCGGUCCUGCGCCAAGUGCUUCGAAAUGCGCCGGGCAGCUUUCCAUUGUUCACUUCAACACAGCCUGGAGCGUCGGACGCUUCGGUGUUUGAUCUGCUUUCGGAAACAUGGACUCCUCCAGGCAGAGUUCUCCUCGCAGCUCUCGUCCAACUGUGGCAGAUAUCAGACCGUACUGCUGAUGGAUGCGGCGGCCCGGAGACACUUGCCGGGCUGCUCUCCCCAGUUUUGCGUGCAAGCACAUAUCUUGUCGCGGUCUGCCCGCGACCAGCCGAUCUUUUCUCAGGUUCUGAGGAUGUCAAGACUGUGCUGCGAGUUGCAGUUCAACUUGUGAUGUCGCCUCCUGCGAUGUCGGAUGCAAACCCGAACGACUGGCAGCGACUAGGCGGCGAGCUGAUGGUGCCACUGUUGCACCGGCCGCCAGUGGUGGAGAUGCUGAAUGAUCCCGUGGAUCAGGUAUUGUGUGAUAUCAAAGGUGGGAUAGAAGCUUUAACAUGGUGUGCCAGCUACACACUGAGUGGGGCUGGUCUCCCUGGGAGUUGGGGUGCCAAGGCAAGGUCCUUGCUCAGUCUUGUUUCGGCGCAGAGCUCCCAAACUGCACCGUCGCCAGAGAGGUCUUGCUCUGAAGUUGCCCGUGGAAAUGCUGGCGAUGCUGGUUUUAGCGAGUCUAACUCCACGGAAGAAGACGACGGCACAACAGCGCCGGUUCAGGCCAGGAACCUGCAGGAGGAGCUCUCGGCAUUGAACGCAGAGCUCGGAGCCUUGGAUCUCGAGCUUGCAGAGAUGUCGUCUCAGAGAGACAGAGACUGCGGAUCGCCGGAGGCGGUUGGUCACGAAGGUGAUGACGACACCGGAGACGAUAGGCAGCUUUGCGGCCUCAGCCAGGGGGCGUCUGACUUCAUCAACAGCUUGCUGCAUGGCCCAGGUGAAGGCUAUGCACAGCUGCGCGACGCAUUGCUUUCGGAACUCUUGUCUUCAAACGAGUGUGAGCAGAGCUUCGCUGACUUCAAAGCCGCAGGCAGUGCAGUUUACACGCUCAGCGGCUUCUGGGGAGCGACGCAAAACUUCAAGAUUUGGCUUCUUUUGCAGUUGCUGCAGUAUCUGUUCGUCACCACGACAAUGUACAAUUUGGGUGACAUGGCUGUGUCUGCAGCUCAGCAGGGUUUGAUUGACGGCGAAAGCCUCGCCUUGGUGCUACUUUCGCAUGCGCAGCUGCGGCUCCGCAAUGAUCGUGUCCUGAGAGCUCUUGAAGCCGCACUUUUCGAGCUUCUUCGGCAAUCGCGUGCCACUGCAGAAUGCCUCUCCAGUUCCCUGCUCUCCCUGGCAGAAAUGCACGUCGAAGGAUGCUUACCGCACGACCUUGACGACAGUAGCAGUCAAUCGGGCAGUCGAGCUGAACUUAUUGAUGGGGCAGCAAGAGUCGCUUUGGAGCACCUCUCGUUCUUCACGCUGCCCCAGAUGUGCAAGCUACUGAGGGCAUUUACGUGCUUCAGGAUGCGAGGUGACCGUCAAGUGUCGGCUUUGCUGUUGGGGAUCGGUGACGCGCUCGGGCGCCAGCCCAAUGCUUUAAGCGCGGGCGACUGCGCAUGUGCAGCAAAGGCUUUCGCCGUCGUGCGAGUCCAUCAUGAAAGGAUGUUUGCCACAUUGGCCGGCAGGCUCCGAGACAAGGAUGUCCGAGGUGGACUCACACCAGCAGAGCUGUCAGAUGUUCUUUACGGCUUUGCGAAGUUUACGAGCCAAGAUACUGCCCUGCUAGACUUGCUCUCAGUUCAAGCGCGGCGUCACUUGCAUGCCUUGGAUGUUUCUUUGAUGAGUUCUACCCUGGCUUCCCUCGCAAAAGCGGGGAUCAGCUGUCCUGUUCUGACUGGCCGAGCCGUCCAGAUGCUCCGCCGGUCCACGGUUACGACCGCAGCAGAAAGUCAGGAAGUCACUCACCGUCACCUGUGUGAUCUGACGAAGGCCACGAUUGCUGAGCUUUCGGCACUGACGAUGGCAUUUGGAAAGUUCCAAGUCAGAGACUCUCAUUUGUAUGACACUCUUGCGGAUCUGUUUGUAGCUUGCAAAAGCGAGAGCAGUGACACAAGGGCUAUUGCAAUCUUGGAUUCGCCAUCGCUCAUCAACAUCAUACAUGCUUUUGCCAAAGUUCACAUUGCCCCUGCGAGGCUUUUCGGUACAGUUCUUGGUUCUUUGGUAGGAAGACCCGAAGAAGAGCUGACUACGCGCGAUGCGGUGAAACUCUUACAUGCACUAGCCAAAGUUGACUACGAGAUGCCACUCGUCUUCCGACAGAAGAUCUUGCGGGUGCUGGGCCCCAGUGGCUUGGGAGAGCUCGGGGUCUUUGAAUUGUUGAAACUUGCCGCUGCUUCGCGAAAGCUGGGUGUGGAUAUAGACGCGCUGGAGACUCAGGUUGGUGCAGUCCUACCUAACGAGCCACAGUCGCUGACCGGGGAAUCCCUGCAGCGACGCCCUGCGGUCAAGAAGGUCCGUAGGAAAAGCGCAAGAAAGCAGAAAUGGACCUGGUAG